CAGAGCUGCCUGGAUCCUGGACACUUAACCCCCCUCCCCCUCUGGUUUCUCUGUGGAUUAUUGAUGGCGGCCGUCCACCAUGGGCAACGCAGCCCUCUGUAAGGUGUGCGGCUCAGACAAAGGCCUGAGACCCGCCGUGACCCGGACCGACCCGGACGGCCACCCGGGACCGGACUACUUCUGCCCCCAGCAUUUCCCUGCUCAGCUGAUGCUGUCCGACAGCAACACCAGUUUCCUGAGAGCAGCGAGAGCCGGAAACAUCGAGAAGGUUCUGGAAUAUCUGAAAGGAGGAGUGGACAUCAGCACCUCCAACCAG